AUGUCGUACUAUGAGCCCCAGGGUUGGCAGGCGCCUGCUGCGCGCCAGGUGUCAUGGGAACAGCCCGCUCCCCCGUCGCGAUCCGGAUCGAGCUCUGUGUCCCAACGGGAUGAUAUCCCAGCCUUUUCAUCCCAGUUUGACGAAGUCGAUCGAGCAAUUGAUAAUCUUGUCAAAAGUGGAAAGUUGUGGACCACUCCACGAAGGGAUUCGAUGCCGAUGAUGAUGGGACGUCCCUACCCUGAAUACGACCCCCGUACAAUGGGAAACAUAGCUCAACGUCACCAUUCGAUUAGCGACUUCGACGGAUCUCGUAUGCAUCCGAACCCUAACGUGCAGGGCUUUUAUCCCUCCCAGCGUUUUCAGGGCCGCCCAAAUGAAGUAGAGCAGAUGAUGCAAGCAAAACGUCGGAUGGCAGCGCAGCGUGAGAGGGAGCUCCGCAAUUAUCACCAGGAGCAACAGUACAAUCGAAGUACGUGGUAG